AGCCGCCGCCGCCGCCUUUCCCAGCCUCGGCUCCUGCUCUCAGUGUUAAUCUGCUAGCCAUGGCGGAGGGACGCGGAGAGAUACCGCCUCAGCCGCCGCGCCGCUCGUCGCCGGCCCCAGCCAGCAAGCGGCCGUGUCUGCGCCCGGCCCCGCGUGGCCCGGGACCAGGGCCGGGGCCCGGCUUUCCGAACUGCCGGCUCCGGUGCCCGGAGUCGCUGUUGGACUGCGCCGCCAAGGCCGUAGCGGAGAAGUGGGCCUUCGAGCGGGUAGAGGAGCGCUUCGAGCGGAUCCCGGAGCCCGUGCAGCGCCGCAUCGUCUACUGGUCCUUCCCCCGGAGCGAGCGGGAGAUCUGCAUGUACUCGUCGUUUCAGUGCCGCGGAGCCAGCGAGGACGGCCCGGUGACGGGCACCAGCGUUCCGGCUGGGUCUGGGGCCGCCCCCGGCGGGGUGUCCGCGGCGGCCGGAGCCGCCGGGGAGGGACUGCCUUUCCGCAGGGGGAUCCGGCUUCUGGAGACGGGAUGUGUGGAAAACGUCUUACAAGUGGGGUUCCACCUCAGCGGGACGGUAACAGAGCCGGCAUCCCAGGCGGAGCCCGAGACCACACACAAGGUGGCCAUCAGCUUCGACCGCUGCAAGAUCACCUCCGUUACCUGCGGCUGUGGCAACCGCGACAUUUUCUAUUGCGCUCACGUGGUGGCGCUCUCCCUGUAUCGGAUCCGCAAGCCCGACCAGGUCAAACUGCGUCUGCCCAUUUCCGAGACGCUCUUCCAGAUGAACCGUGACCAGCUGCAGAAGUUUGUUCAGUAUCUGAUCACCGCACACCACACGGAGGUCCUCCCUACGGCCCAGAAGCUGGCCGACGAGAUCCUGUCCUCUAACUCGGAAAUCAACCAAGUCCACGGGGCCCCGGACCCCACUGCAGGGGCCAGUAUCGAUGAUGACAACUGCUGGCACCUGGAUGAGGAGCAGGUCAGGGAGCAGGUCAAGCAGUUCCUGUCACAGGGCGGCUAUUACGGCUCAGGCAAGCAGCUCAACUCCAUGUUUGCCAAGGUGCGGGAGAUGCUGCGCAUGCGGGACUCCAAUGGGGCACGGAUGCUGACGCUCAUCACGGAGCAGUUCAUGGCCGACCCACGCCUCUCUUUGUGGAGACAGCAAGGCACGGGCAUGACCGACAAGUGCCGGCAGCUCUGGGACGAGCUGGGUGCCUUGUGGGUCUGCAUUGUUCUGAACCCCCACUGCAAGAGUGAGGAGAAGAGUGGCUGGCUGAAACAGCUGAAGAAGUGGAGUGACAUGGAUGUGUGUCCCCUGGAGGAUGGGAAUUACGGCAGCGAGUUGCCUAACAUCACCAACGCCCUUCCACAGAGCGGUCUGAACCAGGACUCUCUGGCGCGGCCCCGGAGGACAGUGUUCACGCGUGCAGUGGAGGCAUGCCAGCUGCACUGGCAGGACAGCCACCUGCAAAGGAUCAUCAGCAGCGACUUCUACAUGUCCCCGUCAUACCAGCGUGAGGGCGAGAGCCUGCUCUUCAACCUGCAGGGCCUGCCACUCUGGCUGGACCACGUGCCCACAGCAUGCGCCAGGGUGGAUGCCCUGCGUUCCCAUGGCUACCCGCGUGAGGCCCUACGCCUGGCCGUGGCCAUCAUCAACACGCUGCGGCUACAGCAGCAGCGCCAACUUGACAUAUAUAAGCACCAGAAGAAAGAGCUGCUCCAGAGGGGCGUAACCACCACCACCAAUCUGGAGGGUUGGGUGGGCCACCCCCUGGACCCCAUUGGCUGCCUUUUUGGCACCCUGACUGAGACUUGUCGCGUAGAGGACGACAGCACCAUGGAUACUGGCGAUGCUGAGCCCAAGCCCCCCCUGUACCACCACGUACCAGUGUGGGGCUGCCCCGACGGCAGUGAGUCAUACCUGGCACUCGCCCUGGAGGUGGCGCUCAUGGGUAUGGGGCAGCAGCGCGUCAUGCCAGAGGGGCUGUAUGCGCAGGACAAGGUGUGUCGCAACGAGGAGCAGAUUGUGGCCCGGCUGCAAGAGAUGGAGCUGGAUGAGCUGUUGGUGCAGACGCUGCGCAAGCAGGCCCUGCUUCUCCUGGAAGGGGGGCCCUUCAGCGGCCUGGGUGAGGUCAUCCACAGGGAGAGUGUCCCAAUGCACACCUUUGCCAAGUAUCUGUUUUCUGCUCUGCUGCCGUACGACACUGACCUGGCCUACAAGAUAGCCCUGCGUGCGAUGCGGCUCCCUGUCCUGGAGUCCACAGCCCCCGCAGGCGAUGUGGGCCACCCCCACCACGGCAUCUCCAUCGUUCCCAGCCGCUACCCACGCUGGUUCACACUGGGCCACUUGGAGUCACAGCAGUGCGAGCUGGCCUCCACCAUGCUGACUGCCGCCAAAGGGGACAUGCUGAGGCUGCGGACCGUUUUGGAAGCCAUCCAGAAGCACAUCCACUCCUCCUCCCUCAUCUUCAAGCUAGCUCAGGAUGCCUUCAAGAUUGCCACCCCUGCCGAGAGCCCCCCAGACAUCACACUGCUCAAUGUGGCCCUGGAGCUGGGCUUGCAGGUGAUGAGGAUGACCCUUUCCACUCUAAACUGGAGGCGCAGGGAGAUGGUUCGCUGGCUAGUCACAUGCGCCACAGAAGUCGGUCUGCGUGCCCUAGUCAGCAUCCUGCAGGGCUGGUACACGUUGUUCACACCCACCGAGGCCACCAGCAUCGUGGCGGCCACUGUCAUGUCCCACAACACCAUCCUGCGACUCAGCCUGGACUACCCUCAGCGUGAGGAACUGGGCAGCUGUGCGCGGACGCUGGCCCUGCAGUGCGCCAUGAAGGACCCGCAGAACUGUGCGCUGUCCGCCCUCACGCUCUGUGAGAAGGACCACAUCGCCUUCGAGACCGCCUACCAGAUCGUCAUCGACGCAGCGUCCACAGGCAUGAGCUACUCGCAGCUGUUCACCAUUGCCCGCUACAUGGAACACCGCGGAUACCCGCUGCGCGCCUUCAAGCUGGCCUCGCUGGCCAUGACGCACCUCAACCUGGCCUACAACCAGGACACACACCCAGCCAUCAACGACGUGCUCUGGGCCUGUGUGCUCAGCCACUCGCUGGGCAAGAACGAGCUGGCCGCUAUCAUCCCCCUGGUGGUGAAGAGUGUGCACUGUGCCACCGUGCUCUCAGACAUCCUGCGGCGUUGCACCAUGACGGCACCGGGCCUGGCUGGCAUCCCGGGGCGCAGGAACUCCGGCAAGCUGAUGUGCACUGACAAAGCGCCACUGCGGCAGCUGCUGGAUGCUACUAUCAGCGCCUACAUCAACACCACGCACUCAAGGCUGACUCACAUCAGCCCGCGGCACUACGGCGAGUUCAUCGAGUUUCUGAGCAAGGCCCGCGAGACCUUCCUGCUGGCCCAAGACGGACACAUCCAGUUUGCCCAGUUCAUUGACAACCUCAAGCAGAUCUACAAAGGCAAGAAGAAACUGAUGAUGCUGGUGCGCGAGCGCUUCGGCUGAUCAGCAGGGGGCGUGCUCGCCCAUCCAGCCCGUCUCGUUCCGACAGCAUAAAAUUUGAGAGAACUGAACAAGUGAAAAGGAGGAGAGCUUUUGAUGUUCAGCUAGUGAGAGAAGGAAAGGGUCAAAAGCAAGCCAAGUGGCACAUAAUGGAGAACCCAGGCAGAAGGGAGGGAUGCAGGGGGUCCUGACUCUGACCGAACCCUGACGAUCAGAGUGUUCUUUAAUUAAUACCUCUAUUGUAUUCCGAGAAUCAGCUUUAAUACUCUUCUGUGGGCCCGGAGCGCCACCUGGAGGGCGGCCGAGGACCUGCAGUGUGCCGAGAGAAUUCCCUCCCCGCUGAACACCAACCUUUCCUUUAAUUUAUUCUCCAUUUGUUUCUCAUUCCUGAAUUACGCUCAAUGAAGGGACUUAUCGAAAGGAGAAGAGAAAGGAGUGUUACUGCAAAGCCCCCCCUGCCCCAGAGCGCAGUGAGCCUCGGCCGCGGAUCGAGGGGCUAGCGCGCUCUGCCCUCAUUCCCAGCGGCUGCACACACGGUGUCCUCUACUCAUCCUCGUAUCCUUAUCAUUUUGGGGGGACCUGUUGCCGUGGUAACUGACAGCAGUCAAACUUCAGGUCCGUUAUGCAAUCAGCCGCUAAAUCCAUACUCCGUGCCCCUUUGCACGGAAAAUUGCCGGUUUGUCCGACAACUAGGCUCGAAACAAACCGCAACGUUUGUUACCCAAGCACUUCACAAGCUCUGGCUGUCCCCCGUCUGCAUCUGAGCUCCCUGUGCGAGAUGACGGUCAGCGCCCAGGCGUGACCCUGCCGCGUCGGCAUGGCGCCCACUCGGGGCCCGGCGGGGUGGCUCCCAGCACUUGGAACGCGAGCGUGGCGUUCCUCUGAAGUGAUAAGGGGAAGAGUGAAAGAGACAAACUCCACUCUCAGGGAAACGCAAGAAACGAAAAACAAAAAUAGUAGCAAAAGCAUUUAUGAUAUUGUAAAUAUGAAAGUGUCAAUUCAGAAAAUUGUAAAGUUAUAAUUAUUUAUAAUAACUGUAUGUCUUUUUUUCGGAUACUUGAAUUUGUUCUGAGCUGGGAAUGUGACAUUAUUAGGAAAGAUUUCAAGACAUUUCUCAGGUGCUCCUCUUCAUCUUUGGUCCUUUUAGUAUGUUUGUUUUUCCGCAAUAUUUCAUGGAAGAGGAAGCGUGUGAUGCAGGACGACGGUGAGCGAGGAGGAACAGAGGCUCCAGACUAUGCAGUUGCUCUCCUAGCCCCCGCCGCCCUGGCGUGGGGACCCAGCCGGCUUUCCCAGUUCCCAGGAUCUCUGCCUCCUUCCUCAAAGCGCGUUACGGACGAUCCAGAGAACCGAGGUCCAAUAAAUGACUUUCUCUCUCAUGUGAUGAGUUGGCGGAGUCGGGGACUUCAAGUGCCCCCCUGCUAGCCUUCCCUUUAAUUACACCCCCGCUGCCUUUCUUAGCAGGACUUCUGGCCUGAUGCUGGUGGAGGGGGGCGGAGCUGACAGUGGAGGGGGGGCGGAGCUGAC